AUACCCUUUAUUCUUAUAAAUAAUAAUUCAUGUACGAUAUGUAUAUUGGUACUUCACCUCCAGGUACUCCACAUUCUUUACAUAGUUAUCAUGGCGAUUUAACUCCUUCAACUAUAUAUGGUAGUAGUCAAGUGCAUCGAACAACGGGAGAAUCACUUUCUUGCUUGGUAGGUGCUUCCUUGACGACUGUUGGCAACACAGUGUACGUUCUUGGCGGGUUUGAUCGAUAUAGCGAUGAAGUCUUCAACACAUUAUACCAAUUGACCGUGGAUGAAGGACAACAACAAACAUCUUAUUGCUGGACACGAAUGGCUUACAAUCAUACUGCACCUGUUAUGGCCAAACGCAAUGAUCAUACAGCUACUUUAUGGGGUACGAACAAACUAGUCGUCUUCGGUGGUACGGGUGAUGACGAUGACCAUCAUUUUUUCAACACAGUGGCCAUUUUGCAUUUAGAUACAAUGACAUGGGAACAUCCAGAAACGACGGGCAUGAUACCUACAGAAGGACGUAUUAAACACUCAGCAAACAUUGAUGAUCAAGGUAGACUUUAUAUUGCAGGUGGAUUGGAUCGAGAGGACCAUGUGGCGGAUACAGUACUUAUUUUGGACUUGAAUACAUAUGAAUGGCAACCUCCUCUACACUUUGUUCAACGUACUCAACAUAUGACCUUCUUUUACAACAAACGACUUUAUUUAUUUGGUGGUUAUCAUCAAGACAUGAGCCGUUCCAAUAUAUUAUCCUUUUUGGAUCUGGAUACACAUACCGUUACUCAAUUGGAAAUCGAUUCUCCUUCAGCACCUCCUUUAGUGGGCGAACAAUUUGCUCAAAUUUGUGGUGAUCAGAUGGUAGUGGUAGUAGCGACGACUCCUUCAACUUGUACUUUGACAACACAACAAAACGACGACGACGACGAUGAUGAUGAUGAUGAUGAAGUAUCUGAUAAUAACAAUCACAACAAUGAUAUCAAUAUAGCACAACAUAGUAGUAGUAGGAGGAGAAGAAGGAGGAACAACGAUCAUGCUGGAGGAACUGGUGGUGGUAGUAUUGGACUUUGGAAUUUGGAUCUUAGCUCUAUGCAAUGGCAAUAUCAUGAUGUUUCACCACAAUUGUCAAUGGGAUGUAUUCACUGGCAGUACUUUGCAAUGGCGGAACAUGCUAGUUCAUUUAUUUUAUUUGGUGCGACUGAUGAAGAAGUGGAUGAAUAUUAUACAAUGAUGCUUCGAAUUCAACUCAAGGACCAUGGAAUUGUACCUGUACCACCAUCACAAUUAGGAACGGAUCUAGCUGGAUUAUUAACAAUGGGUCAAUCAUCAAGUGCUGAUUUUAUGAUUCGAUCAAGUAUUAAUCCUGAAGCAGGUGAUUUACAUGUGCAUCGACUUGUUCUCCUAGCAAGAUGGCCUCACUUUUCACAUUUGAUGAACUCUGGUAUGGUGGAAUCUUUAUGUGAUCGCAUGACACUACCUGAACCAUUUGAUGUCCUCAAGGCGUUUGUCCAAUUUCUUUAUACAGAUGCUCUGAAUGAAACUUUAUCUCCUGUACUGGUGGCAGAUUUGAUGGUGAUGGCUAAUCUUUAUUUAUUGCCUCGACUCUUGGCUUUGUGUGUAAGACGACUUUAUGGAUGUAUCAUGGUGGAAUAUGUCAGUAAAAUAUAUCAAGCGGCUGUGGAUGCUGGACAGGAAGGUUUGCAACAAACAGCAGUGAUGUUUAUCUUUCGACAUUUUGGUUUGGUGACUCGUACUAGUGGUUUCCGAAUGUUGUCUCCUUUUAUCAUGUCACGUCUUUUGGAUCAAAUUCCCUUCUUCUCUUCUGUAGUAGUAGCACCCUCUCCUUCUUCUACUAGUUUAUCUUCUUCUCUCAAUCAUCCUUCUAUCAACGAUCCUACAUCUCGUGACAUUUUAACUAGACGUUCUGUUAGUCCAAUGGAAGGAUAGUAGUAGUUUUUAUGCAAUAUAUUCCCCCCCCCAACUAUAAAAUAAAAAAAGUGAUGAUUUUUUUUUUAAA